GAUGAAAAUAAUAAUAAUAAUAAUAAUGAUAAUAAUAAUAAUAAUAAUAAUAAUAAUAAUAAUAAAAGUAAUAACAAUAAGUAUAAUAAUGAUAAUAACAACAGUAAUAAUAAUAAUCCUAAUAAUAAUAAUAAUGACAAUAAUAAGAAUAAUGAUGAUGAUGAUAGCAAUGAUAACAAUAAUAAUGAUAAUGAUAAUAUCAAUAACAACAACAACAACAACAAUAAUAAUAAUAACAAUAAUCUAAUAAUGAUUAUGAUAAAACUAGCAACUAUAUCAGCAACAACUAUAUUGAUAAAGAAUGAUAAUGAUAAUAGCAAUAAAAGUAGUAGUAAUAAUAGUAUUAAUGGUAAUGAUAAUAACGAUAAUAAUAAUAAUAAUAACAAUAAUAAUAAUAAUAUGGUUAAUAAU